AUGCCUGUAAUAAAACCGGACCGAAUGAUAUACCUGGCGGAUAUGCAGCCUCGUUAUUGGACAGACAACCGAUUUGGUGCUUCUUGGUACAAGACAGAAUUCAGUGAUAUGGCCAAAGAAGGAGCGCGGACACAGGAAAUGAAAGACAUUAAGAGGGAGCAGAACGAAGUUUCAAAACAUAACCUAAAGGAUGUGAGGAAAAGUCACUUUAGCCUCGGGGAUCACCAAGGAAGUUUUGAUUCGGAAACGUAUUAUUCAUAUUUUAUGGCAAAACCCGGUGCUGGAUCCGAACUUCGUCAGGAAGACGAAACAAAUCCCGCUGUGUUAGCCAGGAAAAUGGUAGAAGAUGAACGUAAUUCGGCCGUUUUUAGACAUGGUGACUACAAUAUAACAAGGGCGUUACCAAGCAUAUCGACGUUUAACCGUGAUUUCAACACAAUCAUAAAACCUUUAAAGGCAGCAGGAUUUAUUGAGCCAACAAGAUCAAAGAAAGGUCGAUUCCUCAACAGGGCUCCAAGACAAGAAAGGUACACGUCAUAA